CAAGACGCCCAGGUGAUCUUCGUAGUUGUGGUCGACAUCGGUUCUCUUUCAAAAGAUUGAGAUCUGAUUCAAACAAUGGGCACUAUUACUAAUACAGAAAAUAAUUUUCAAAUUACUGAUACCAUUUUAUUUCCUAGUGCAAAUUUAUAUUCUUAUGGGAAUAAAUUAAAAAUACCAUAUUUUGCUUCAAAUUUUCAUUUUAAUAAAACUUUAGAUGACAGUUUUGAAAAAUUGGAAUCUACACCUGGUCCUCUACUUAUCAAAAAUGGCAAAAUUAUGCCAAAUAACAAUGUAAAAUUCAAAAAACAACCUUCCUGCUUUAUUUUAAUUUGGCCAUCGGAUGAGAAAAGUGAGAUCAGCUAUGGUCAAGGGAUUUAUUACGGACAAAAUUUAAUCAUGACGGCCAAACAUGUUUUAGGAAAUAACUAUUUAAAAAAAUUCAAAAUAUAUGUCCUUUUUUUCCCAACUUUUGAAAGUUCGAAAAUGCACAAUUUUGAAUAUUGUUUAAUAUAUAAAUGCUACAAUACCUUACCCCCCUUUCCUAAUAGAUAUUUUGUAAAUCAGGACAUUGCUUUAAUUAAAUUACAAGGAUGUUCAGAUACUCUAGAAAACAUAAAAUUAGGCAAAUUACAUAAAGAUGACUAUGUAUAUUUUAACAUUUUAGAGUCAGGACAAUUUGUAAGAAAACGCAGUGAAAUCAAAAACCCAAAUUCAGACAUGAAAAAGCAAAUGUCAGCAAAUGAAUUUGUUAUUUCUAUAGCGGGUAAAGACGGAGACAGUGGAACUCCUAUUUUAAGUAAGAAUGGCAUGUGUGUUGGAAUAUAUAUUGGUGCUUUUAAAGCAAAGAACUCGUUAAAACCUUUGGAAUAUGGCAGAGCUUUACAAUUUGAUAGAAAUUUUAUUGAAAAUGGAAUCACUAAAAACCCAAAUUCAGACAUGAAAAAGCAUAUGUCAGCAAAUGAAUUUGCUAUUCCUAUAGCGGGCAAAGACGGAGACAGCGGAACUCCUAUUUUUUCAAGUAAGACUGACACGUGUGUUGAAAUAUAUAUUGGUGAUUUUGAAACAAAGAACUCAUUGAAACCUUUGGAAUAUGGCAGAGCUUUACAAUUUGUUACAAAUUUUAUUGAAAACAAUCCCAUGACUUCAUUUUUUUCUGUUUCUGAACUAUUUAAACUAAUUUUAUAUUACUUUAAUUUUAAAGUAUGAUGAUGAUUGUUUUUAUUAUUCAAUUCAAUUUUAUUUGUAUAGCAUUUUCUUGACCAAGUAAGAACUCCAGCAGCUCAAGCUUGUUUAUUGCGGUUGCAAUAAACUAUCUGUUCUUUAUUUAUUCAUAAAGAACAGACAAUAUUUUAAUUUCUAUAAUGUUAAAAAGCCCUUUUAUAAAAAAAUAUAUAUAAUAUAUCUAAAAUAAAGUAAUUACUUAUAAAAAAAUGACAAAGAAAUAUAUCUAUAAUGAAAAUGUGGAAAUAUAGAUAUAUUUUAACAGUGUUUCUUAGUCUUGCUCAUUAUGCAUCCUGUAGCAACCCUAAAGUUGAUGGGUUAAAUCUGGUGUGGAAAAUAAGAAAGAUAACCAAAAAGUGGAGUGUUUAGGUGGGAUGGGAGUGGCAGGUGUAGGGAUGGAGCAGAGGAUGGACUAAGAAACACUUUUAAAAGUUUGUUUGCCCGCAUAAUCUUAAAGGGUUAGUUCACCCAAAAAUGAAAAUUCUGUC